ACGAGCCCAUUUUACGAGCCACCAACGAAAUAGCUGGCCCAACCCGGAUACGCAGAGGUGUGAUCAAUAUUGAUGAUUUCGGUCUCUGUGCAUAGCGCCUAGAGGUAUUUAAGUAUCCUUGAUGAGGACAGCUCCUCUCCGGAACAUGCUUUGAAGAAAGGGGAGAAUAGAAGUUAUCACAUCACAAGUCUGCAGUAGGCCUAGCAUAAUUCUAAAAACGUACAGUGGGAGUGGACGUAGGUAGGUGUGUGUGGUACGAGUUUUCCCAGUCGUGGAUAGUUGUAUGCCGAAUAGUGUGCCGUGUUGUAAGCUACAAAAAGCAUCGACGAGAGAUGGCGGAAUGUGGGAGGAAGGCGCUGUCUGUCCUGGAGGCGGCUCGCUCACGCUACGAGAGCUUGCAGAUCUCAGAUGAUGUUUUUGGGGAAUCGGGAGAUGACAGCAGCGACAAUCCUUUUUACAGCACUUCGGGUGACUCGAAUUCGGAUAACUGCUGCAUGGAGGCCGGCGACGAUCAAAGGUCAGGUGAGACUGUGAGUUGUCAAAGCGGAGGUCCACCCGGCUCCGUCUCAAUAACUCAAGCAGAAGAGGAUGGAUGGAGCGACACCCUGCAAGAUAUCACGGUGGCCCCAUACAACGAGACAUAUGGCCCUACCCAGAGAAUGCCAGCUACAGCCACUUGCAUGGACUUCUUCCAGCUCUUUGUGCCCGACAACGCCAUCCAGAACAUGGUGACGCAGACCAACAUGUACGCCAAGAAGUACCAGGAGCGCUUCGGCAGCGACGAGGGCUGGCGGAAUGUGACGGCGGCCGAGAUGAAGGCCUUCCUAGGCUUGGUGACUUCCACCAGCGUUCACCGCUGUGAGUCAGUGCUCAGUAUCUGGAGCAGUGGCUUCUUCAGCAACCGCAGCAUUGCCCUCAAGAUGAGCCAGGCGCGCUUCGAGAAGAUCCUCAAGUACUUCCACAUUGUGGCCUUCCGCUCCAGCCACGGCAGCCAUGGCCUCUACAAGAUCCAGCCCUUCCUGGACUCACUGCAGCAGUCGUUCGGCUGCAGCACCUUCCGCCCCUCACAGACUCAGGUGCUCCAUGAGCCCCUUAUUGAUGAGGACCCAGUGUUCAUCACCACCUGUACAGAGAGAGAGCUGAGGAAGAGGAAGAAGAGGAAGUUCAGUCUGUGGGUCCGCCAGUGCACAUCCACUGGUUUCAUCUGUCAGAUCUAUGUGCAUCUGAAGGAGGGCCAGGGUCCUGAUGGGUUGGCCACCCUGAAGAACAAGCCUCAGCUCCACAGUAUGGUGGCCAAACAGCUGUGUCAGAACCUCUCAGGCCGCAACAGCAUCAUCUUCACCGGGCCCAGCAUCACCAGCCUCAACCUGUACCAGGAGUUUGAGAAACAGGAGAUCUACUGCUGUGGGCUGCUAAGCACCAGGAAGAGUGACUGCACCGGCCUGCCCCAGUGCAUGCUGGUGAACCCUGAGAGCCCACAGCAGAGAGGCCAGUCCCGCAGCAUGAUGAGAGGCAACACCUCCCUCAUCAGCUGGUACAACAAGGGACACUUCCGCUUCCUUACCAACGCCUACUCACCCACCAAGGAAGGGGUGAUCAUCAAGAGGAAAAGUGGUGAGAUUCCCUGUCCGCUGGCUGUGGAGGCCUUCGCUGCACACCUCAGCUACAUCUGCAAGUAUGACGACAAGUACAGCAAGUAUUUUAUCUUCCACAAGCCCAACAAGACGUGGCAGCAGGUGUUCUGGCUGACCAUCAGCAUGGCCAUAAACAACGCCUAUAUUCUGUACAAGAUGUCCGAUGCCUACCACAUCAAGCGCUACAGCCGAGCUCAGUUUGGUGAGAGACUGGUGAGGGAGCUGCUGGAUUUAGAUGACUGCUCCCCCACCCAGUGAGGAGACCACGUAAUCUUUAUCAUAUACACCCACAUACUGUACCCACACACACUGUCACGUCACACACGUACCCACACACACUGUCAUGUCACACACGUACCCACACACACUGUCAUGUCACACACGUACCCACACACACGUAC